UUUUGACACAUACCAAAGAAGAAGAAGCGUUUUUCACCGUCGAUACUCUAAUCUCUUUCCUCCCGCCGCAACCCCGACGGUGAACUCGUUUGUUGGUUAUCAAAAAGCCGAGAGCAACGAGUAAGUCGAAACUCGAUCUCUUCAUAUCUGCAUUUUGCCCGAAUACCGCAUGUCCAAAUACUUGAAGAAACAACAAACAAACAAAGCUUCAGCUCUCACUUCAAGAUUCCUUUCCAGAAGCUACAUUUCCCACAUCCAAUUUCAUCUUCGCAAUCUCUAGAUUGAUAUGGACCGACGAAGCUGGCCUUGGAAGAAAAAGCCUUCUGAUAAAACAACCCUAGUGCUUGAAUCCGCUGAUACCUCGCAUCCUCAAGUUGAAAAGAAACAGGACGUUGUUAAGAAGCCAAAGUAUGUCCAAAUCUCUGUGGAGCAGUAUACACAUCUCACUACCCUCGAAGAGCAGAUAAAGACAUACGAUGUUCAGAUUAAAUCCUACGAGAGUCAAGUCGAAGCCUACGAGGAGCGAGUCAAAAGCUUCGAGGAACAGAUCGAAGCGUACGAUGAGAAGGUUCAGAGUUACGCUGAACAAGUGGAGACUCUGAACGGGGAGAAAGAAGACUUGAGCGAGAAGCUCACUGCUGCCAACGAGGAGAUAGAUACCAAAGAGGCUUUAGUGAAGCAACACUGCAAAGUCGCUGAAGAUGCUGUGGCGGGCUGGGAGAAAGCCGACGCUGAAGCUUUGACAUUGAAGAACACUUUGGAGUCUGUUACUCUCUCGAAGCUCACGGCUGAAGAUCGUGCGGCGCAUUUGGACGGUGCGUUGAAAGAGUGUAUGCGGCAGAUACGGAGCUUAAAGAAAGACCAUGAAGUGAAUCUGCAUGAUCUUGCGUUAAGCAAGAGUAAAGAGAUAGAGAAGCUAACAAUGGAGUUUGAGAAGAGGAUCUCUGAGUAUGAGCAGGAGCUGCUAAGGUCUGGAGCGGAUAGCGAUGCCUUAUCCAGAACCUUACAAGAACGGUCCAACAUGCUGGUGAAAAUCAGCGAGGAGAAGGCACGAGCCGAUGCUGAGAUCGAAACACUGAAGAGCAAUUUAGAAAUGUGCGAAAGGGAGAUAAAGUCUCUCAAGUAUGAAGUCCAUGUGGUCUCUAGAGAGCUGGAGAUACGCAACGAAGAGAAGAACAUGUGUAUUAGAUCCGCAGAGGUUGCCAACAAGCAGCACUUGGAAGGAGUUAAGAAGGUAGCUAAGUUGGAAGGAGAGUGUCAGAGACUAAGAAGUCUCGUGAGGAAGAAGCUGCCGGGACCAGCUGCGCUUGCUCAAAUGAAGCUUGAGGUUGAGAGCUUAGGAGUUGGCGGAGACACCAGAGUGAAGAGGUCUCCGAGCAAGGCUUCUAGCCCGGGCAAGUCUCCGAGAGGUUAUUCAUCGUCUGGUUCUGAGUUUUCUGUGGAUACUUCACAGAAGGUUCAGAAAGAGAAUGAGUUUUUAACAGAACGUUUGCUUGCGAUGGAAGAAGAGACAAAGAUGCUUAAAGAAGCCUUGGCAAAGCGAAAUAAUGAGUUGUUGGAGUCACGGAAUGUUUGUGCUCAGAGCAAUAGUAAACUUCAGGGCUUGGAAGCUCAACUGCAGCAAAUCAAUUCUCAGAAGAGGAGCAAUCCGUCAAGUUCGAUCUCUGUUUCUGAAGAUGGGAAUGAUGAUUCCGGAAGUUGCAGUGGAUCUUUGUCAACAAAUCCAUCACAACAACAGAGCAAGAAAGAGAAGGAGAUGGCAGCAUUGGAGAGAGUUGAGAGUGUUAGUAGUCAUGUGGAGCUCAUGGAUGAUUUUCUUGAAAUGGAGAAGUUAGCUUGUUUGCCAAAUCAAUCUAGUAUGGAUUCCAAAGACUCUUCAGGUGAUCAAGAGUCAGAACUGGUGAAUGUUGAGGCUCAUACCAAACUUAAAGAUUCUGAUAAAGGUAGUCCAGCAGUGAUGGAAUUUAGAUCUAGAUUAUCAAAGGUUCUUGAAUCUGUAUCUGCUGAUGCUGAGUUAGGAAAGAUUGUUGAAGAUGUAAAACGCAUUUUACAAGAAGUCAAUGCUUGUAUGGACCAGGACAAGCCUUCUGAUGUGCAGGUUCAUCCUGAAGAAGAGGCAGUCCACCAAGAUUUGAAAACAGCUGUUUCUCGGAUUCAUGAAUUUGUUUUGUUGCUAAGAAAAGAGGUAAGGGCAGGUGAGGAUACUGUGACCGAAGGAAAUGAUUUCGUCGAACUGAUUGAUGGUUUUUCCAUCACGUACAACCAUGUUUUAAGCGGUCAUCAAAAUUUGGACGAUUUUGUUUCGGAUCUUGCUAAUGUUUUCAACGAGGCCAUGGAGCUAAAGGUAACUUUUAAGGGUCUUGCUUCCUCAGAGGUUGAAGUUGUGAGUCCAGAUUGCAUAGACAAAGUUGCAAUACCGGAGAGCAAGGCUGUAGCCAAAGAAAUAUAUGAAAACGGGUGCGUCCACAACGAGCCAGAGGUUCCCUGUGAUGAGAACAGAGUUUUGAGGUAUGAGUCCGAGUCCACGUUAGAGGAAAUAGAAGAACUGAAAUCAGAAAAGGAAAAGAUGGCAGCGGAUAUAGAGGAGCUGAAGUGUCAGUUACAAGAAUCAGAGAAGAUGUUAGGUGAGAUUAGAUCACAGUUAGAUUCUGCUCAGAGGUCAAACAGCUUGGCCGAUACGCAACUCAGAUGUAUGACUGAGUCAUAUAGAUCACUUGAAACACGUGCAGCUGAUUUAGAGAUUGAUGUGAACCAGCUUAAGGAAAAGGUAAGGAGUUUAGAGGAUGAGCUUGAGGAUGAAAAACGCAACCACCAAGAAUCUAGUGCGAGGUGCCAUGAACUUGAAGAACAUAUUCAAAGAAGCAGGGACACUUCUUUGGUUGCUGUAGAGGACGAAGAAGCUGAUAACAAGACCAAACAGGAGAGAGAGUUAACGGCAGCAGCAGAGAAGUUAGCAGAGUGUCAAGAAACCAUAUUUGUGUUGGGGAAGCAGCUGAAGUCAUUACGGCCACCACCACAAAGACAGAGUGAGUCCUAUUCUGAGGAUGAACUAGGCACCAAGAACUAUGCAGAUUUAGCUGACAAUUGGGUUAACGAGGUCCCUAGAUUUAUGGAAUCUCCUAAUUGUCCUUCUGACUCAGAGACUAGUGAGUUAAUGACAUCGCCAUCACGAGUGGGUUCCAGGCUCUCAAGGUCAGGCUCAUCUGGUAAUCCGACACCAGAAAAAGCUUCUAGAGGAAUCAGCAGGUUCUUCUCCACCAAAUCAGGAUAUUAGCUUUGAAAUAAAAGAGAGAAGAAGAAGAAGAAGAAGAAGCUGUGUGUAUGUGUAUGACGAAUUGUGAUCAAAUAACUCAAGGAGAAUACUUUCAUGUGGGCUCUUUUUGUCAGUUUUACAUUACCCCUUUUUGUCGAACGACGUGUGCAUUUUGAUGUUGGUGUUUUGUUAUUUGAACUAAUCAAGGAUGUAGCGUGCAUUCACUCAA